UCAAGUGUCAGCAUAAUGGCGAUCAACGGAGAUUGGAUUACCACUGAUUUAUUGGAGCGAAUCCUGCUAGGUGCCAAUGAGUGUCGGUUUAAGGUCGUAGGUCAUAAAGUUGAAGCUGCUACGAAAAAAGGGGACAACUAUGCCAGUGAAAUGUACCGAGUGGUAAUUGAGUACGAAAUGGAUGGAAAACGCCAGAAAAGUACUAAAAUUAUGAAAGUAAUUCCAUCGGGUGAUAUUCAACGGAAGGUUAUGGAGAAGAACAACAUCUUUCCAAGGGAGAUUGCAGUGUAUCGAGAUAUUCUACCCAGAAUAAGCAAACUUUUGCAAAGCAUUGGGGAUCCAGUUCAAAUUUCGCCAGCCUGUACCUAUACAACGGAUGACCCGAAGACCAUGCUGGUGUUUGAAGAUAUCAAGGAACGUGGAUACCAAAUGGUCGAUCGACGUAUUGGCUUGAAUUUAGAGCAGACUAAGCUGGUUCUAAGAAAGUUAGCGAAACUACACGCAGGUUCAGCGGUUGUGUACCAAGAAGAACCGGAAGUAAUGGAACCAGUUAUGGAGGGUGCGAUCACGACUAACCCGCACCGGCAAGACUUUCUGGUCUUCUACAAAAUGUGCGCCCGCCAAGUGGUGAAGCUCUUGGAGAGUUGGAGCGAUCCUUCGUAUUGCGAAAUCUUGGAAAAAAUACGAAAUCUUCCAAAUACCACAAUCGCAAAAGGAUGCCAGGUUUACACCAGGGAUGACGCCGUCUUCAACGUGCUGAACCACGACGAUGUUUGGACCAGCAACCUGAUGUUCAGGUAUGAGGACAAGGUGGCGCUGAACGAUGUACUACUGUUCGAUUACCAGCUAGCGUACUUUGGGUCUCCCGGAGUUGAUCUUAACUACUUUUUAAAUGGCUCGGUUCAGGAUGACAUUCGGGAGAAACAUUGGUUGGAGUUCAUUCGGUAUUACCAUACCAUUUUAACGGAAACCUUGCGGAAGCUUCGUUACUCCGGGAAUAUUCCCACUUUACAGGACAUCCACGUGGAGGUGGUUAGGACUGGCUUUCACAGUGUCAACGCGGUGUUCUGUCUGUUGCCGCUGGCCAUGAUGGAGAACUCGGAGAACGCCGAAAUGGACGUAUUCCUGCAGGAAAGCGCAGCCGGCGAGGCCUUCCGGGCACAAAUCUUCUCCAACCCUCGGUAUGAGCCGAUUCUGAAGCAAGCCUUGUGCAGGUUCGACCUGUUGGGCUACUUUGAUCUUUCUACGCGAAGCGAAAUGCAUUCUACAAAUAGUGCAAAUCUAAAUGGAAUAAAUUACACUGAUCCAAUCCAGAGACCGCAACCAUCUCGGACAUGCAACGAAGUCGUAAAUCAGACGCAUCUUCACGAAGACUCGAAUGCAAGUAUAAUGUGUAUAAAACCAUCCGUAGCCCUGACCAGCCGAUGCAUUAUCAGUAGUUCGGUGUCCAGAAGCACGUCCAGAAUGCCGGAAGAGAAGUGCUCCAGCAGGAUCGAGGAAUCGUGCGAGAUUCCGACAUGGCUGAACUCCGAUUACUUUGAACAACUGCUGAAGAAGGUGAAGGGAGAUUCUACGAUCAAGGUGCAAUCCGUGGACGUGAAGUAUGCCCUACCAAAGGGAGAAAACUACGCCAGUGUAAUCUACCGGGUACAGGUUGUGUUCCACAGAAAGGAUCAGCUCUCGAUUAGUCGAAGCUACAUAGUGAAAGGAAUGGCGCUGACAGAUCUUGCCGUUCAGAAGCUGGGCGAGUACAACGUUUACGAAAAGGAGAUGGAUGUGUACGAGCUGGUUGUUCCUGAGCUCAAACGCCUUUCCAGAUCACUUGGAGACCGUUCCGAACUGUACCCAUCAGCGUUGACCGUUGAUCGCGAUCAUAACGUGAUCAUAUUUGACGAUCUAUCCAAGAAGGGAUUCAUCAUGCCGGACAGAUCCGUUGGGCUGGAUUUGACACACAUGAAGAUGUCUCUGAAAUUGACGGCCAAGCUGCACGCUACGUCGUUGAAACUCGCAGAAAUGCACCCAACAAUAUUCGAUCGCUACACCACGGGGAUGAUGACCCGCGAAACGGACGCAUUCUACCCAUUUUUCUAUGAAACUUUCGAUGCUUUGACGAAUGAGAUCAGCACGUGGGAUCAAAAAUGGCACUACUACUCGAACAAACUACGGAAGCUUCGCCCACAUUUUAUAGAGCAGGGUCUGAAGGUGUUUGAUCACGAAAGUGACGACGAUCUGCGAGUGUUUGCGCAAGGUGAUCUUUGGGUGAACAACUUGCUGUUCAAAUACGACUCCAACGGAAAACCAAUUGAUCUCGUCCUGUUGGACUUCCAGUUUGCUUGCUACGCCACCCCCAUGAUCGACCUGUGUUAUUUCUUCUUCACCUCCGCAAAUGAUGAACUCCGGCAAAGCUGCUUCGAAGAACUCAUGCAAUAUUACUACUAUCAUCUAGCAUGCUAUACCAAGAGAUUAGGAUACUCCAAGAAGUUCCCAACACUUCACCAAUUCCAAAAGCAGCUACUCAAGAAACUGUUCUACGCCGUCUACUCCAGCACGAUCCCCCUGCCAGUUCAAAUUAACGAAGAUUCCACCGAUGCAGACUUUGACGCACUGCUCGGCGUUGACGAGCGG